UUCUACUGCAUAGACUCCUCCUCCAAAGCAUUUCACGGAGAGGGAGACACAAAGAUGCUGAGUGACACGCACUCGUCCAAUCAGGCCACUGGUCAGGGAGUUGUAGCCAAUGGGAGAGCAGAUCAGCAUCACAGAGAGCAGCAUCCCCCCACUACAGCAUCACACUGAUACAGCUACAAGAGCGGUUGCCUGGUAACCGCAUCUGUCUAUGCGAGCACAGCAUGCUUUCGGAAUCAUUACGAAACAUGAGGCUUGGUUACAUAAAGAUGUGAGAAACCUUACAUGAUGUACUGUCAGGGAAAAAGUACAAAUAUUGUACCUUUAGUGGUACAACAGCUCGUCACUGGGGCAGUACUAUUUAAAGGGCAACUAUACCUCCAAAAUGUGCCUUUUAAAAAUAAUAUUUCAAUCACGACGACAAUGUUAAUGUGUGAAUGUUAAUCGGCUGGACUGAGCAAGUCUGGACUUGUAAGGCCCUGUUUACAGUUGGUAUUAAGAUGCGUUUUGGUCAAUCGGAUCACAAGCAGACGAGGGAGAAACAUUCCCGUUUACACCUGGUGUUUUAUUGCGUCUCUUUUGUCCACUUUCGACCACUUCUGUCCUGAUUUCUUCAAGGGGUCUAUGGGCGGGUAAAUGUAUGGGCCUUGUCAGAUAUGACGAAAUAAGCUCACGCAAUUUACAUAUUAGCAAAAAAGCAAAAGCCUGAUGGCCGGAAGACCGAACGCUGAAUGCUGUGAGUGUGUGUUAGAUAUUCAGGAAUGGUGAGAACAUUGUGCUUGGUCAAACCCAAACUUGGGUCUUCAGCUGACAAAGUUUUAAUCCCGUCUGGCUAUAUAUUUAGCAUUUCACAUCCUGUCCAUGAUUAAUAAUGAAGACGGCUUGAAUUGAAUUUCACCAGCUGAGUUCUGUCUUUGGAUAGCUUUGAGAGUGUGACGUUCAGGGUGUGAGAAGAUAAAAGUAGACUGGGCUUAAUUCACUUCCUGACCUGCAAAGAUAGCAUAUAUAAACCCUGUUACAGAUUUUGAUCUUUUGCAACAUCCUGUAAUGCUUAUAGUGACUAGAUGAAAUGAUGUGGUGUACUGAUAUAUUGCAAUUGAUGUGACGAAAAGGCAUGCAGAAAAAGGUGUUAAAUGUAUUUUUUUGUGUAGUGCUGUGCUAUAUGUUUGAGUUUCUGACAUGUUCACUGCCUGAGGGGGAGAGGGAGGAGUCUGUUUUCACACAGAUAUAAGCCUUCUGAAUGAAAAUGAAAAUGAAAAUUGGAACAUCAAAGACAAGAGCAGCACCAAUAUUAGAUGCCAAAAUCCCCUGAUGUGAUGAUGAGCACUGAAGUUUACCAGCAGCAGUAUGACGUCUCCCAGUUCCUGAGGAUCAAGCCAAUGGCUGUGGGGAUAUUGGAAAUCUUGAUAGGUUUAUUAGCACUUGGUUUGACAAUCUGGAAUUACAGGCUUUUUCUUCUCUGGUCACCAAUUGUUUUCAUUAUAAUUGGAGCUUUAACAUUAUCGGCUGCACACACAUGUAAAUCACGUUUGGUAAAAUUCUCUCAAAUACUCAGCUAUCUAAGUUUUGGAGUUGCUGCUUUCUCCUUACGCUCUCACUUUUAUAUCACUUGGGGUGUGUCCUGCUUUCUACUAAUGUCAUGUGAUAUUCUGAUCUCAAUCUUCUCUCUUGUUGUUGCCGCAACCUUCUGUCCCUGUUGCUGCAAACCAAAGUCAAGACCUGUCACGGUCAGUUAUAUGAAUACCGAUUUGCCUGUCAACCAUAUUGUGCUGAUGGGCCAGCCGGACUGUUCUGCAACGGCACAUCCUGGUUCAGUCCUGUACACGAUGCCAACAGCAGGUGGCCAAGCCUCAGCUGCACUUCUGCCAAUGUUGGGUCUAUUUGCCAAUGCACAUCCACCAAACUACAAUCCAGUACCAAUUGCACCUCCACCAACCUACGAACAAGUCACAGCUGCACUUCUACUAAACAACAGUCCAGUCCCAAGCGUGCCUCCACCAGCAUAUGAGUAUGAAGAUUUACAGGCCAGAAGAUGAACUGGAUCUCCGACACAAAUGAGGAAAUUUGAUGUUUACACUGUUUAUGGCAUUGAAUUAUGGUGAAUGGAAAAGAAGUUUGUAAAUUAUUUGUAAAUAAUUGUAAUAUUACAAAAAUGUAAAUAAAUUAUUUAUGAAAACAGAA